AUGGCACCUCCGGCACUUCAGUGGGUGGUGCUCGUGGCAUUCAUUGUACUGACAGUCAGCGGAAACGUGCUGGUUUGCCUGGCGGUGAGCACGAGUCGCCGACUUCAUCGUAUUAGUAAUUGUUUUGUGGUGUCCCUCGCCGUGACGGAUCUUUUGCUGGGCCUGCUGGUUCUUCCGCUUACUGCUACGCUGGAACUACGAAGUGGACAUUGGCCACUAGGGGGCAUCCUUUGUAAUAUUUACAUCUCUAUGGAUGUCAUGCUUUGCACUGCCUCCAUUUUCACACUGCUGGCAAUCAGUGUGGACCGUUACUUGGCAAUCUCUGACCCGUUGUGUUACUUGCGUCGGGUCACGCCCCGGCGAGUAAUUGCAGCGUUAGUCACCAUCUGGACCACAUCUCUGGCAGUUUCCUUUGGCCCCAUUCACUUGGGCUGGAACACAAAGGACUUCAGUGUGCAGAAUCUAGACUGGAGUAUAGGAGAUGAGGGCGAGGAGAACAGGCCCUGCCGCUUCGAAUGGAACAACAACUAUGUGCUCCUGGAUGCCUUUGGCACCUUCUACCUCCCUCUGCUGGUCAUGUGUGGCAUGUAUCAUCGUAUUUUCUGUGUGGCACGUGAACAGGUUCGACGUAUCCGGGCAGCCACUCCAUCUUUUGCACGUUCAGCCUCUGCUGCGGCCACCGCCAGGGAACACAAGGCCACCGUGACUCUGGCCGCGGUCCUUGGGGCAUUUGUCAUCUGCUGGUUCCCGUAUUUCACAUACUUCACCUGCAUGGGCAUGUGGGCAGAGACAGACCCACCUAAACUCAUUCACUCCGUGGUGCUUUGGCUGGGUUACUUCAACUCAGCCCUGAACCCCAUCCUUUACCCAGCCUUGAACCGUGACUUCCGCAGGGCCUAUGGGCAGCUGCUGUGCUGCAGAGGGACACGUCACCGGGCACCCAUGUCCAUGCGGAUGUUCAAACCAAAACAAACUUCUUGUUCUAACGCUCAAAGGACGCAACAUAUUCAAACCAAACCUGCUGAGUGGCUCUGUCUCACUCAGCAGGAAAUCAAUGGUAAUACAAUUAGUGAUUAG